CCUUCAGAGGAAGGGCCAGCCUCUAGGGCUGGCUGCAGCUGUCCUGGCUGCUCCUCCCCCCGUUGGCACAAAGGCUUUCGCGGCUGUGCUGCAUGGCAGUGGGGUCGGCUGCUCCUCGGGCUGCUCCUCGGGCUUGUCCUGCAGCUUCUCCCCCGGCUCUCGUGGCACUGCUGGGCUUGCCCCGUGGUGAGGCUACCCCUGCCGCUCUUCCUGCCUGUGCCGAUUGACCCCAGGGGGACAGAGGAUCCCGGUGAGACCACCUGGCCACGGGCAGCAGCAUGGCCUUGGCAGGUGCCCUGGCGCGGCUGCAGGACGAGGCCAUCUGCCCCAUCUGCCUGGACUGUAUGUGCGACCCUGUCAGCAUCGACUGCGGGCACAACUUCUGCCGGGGCUGCAUCGUCAAGCACAGCCAGGAGAAGGGGCUGUGGGCCGACGGACCCUUCUCCUGCCCCCAGUGCCGAGCCUCCUGCCGCCGCAGCGGCUUUCGCCCCAACCCGCAGCUGGCAAACAUCGUGGAGGGCAUCCGGCGGCUGAGGCUGUGGGACAGGGCGGACCUGGAGAUGGAGCUGGGGCUGGGCGCCCUGCUCUGUGCCCAGCACGGCGAGCGCCUGAAGCUCUUCUGCGAGGAGGACGAUGAGGCCAUCUGCGUGGUGUGCCGAGAGUCCCUGCACCACCGCCCCCACGUCGUCUACCCCAUCGAGGAGGCUGCGCAGAUCUACAAGGUCAAACUCCAUAAAUGCCUGGAGUAUCUUUUUAAGGAAGCGGAGGAAGUGAGGAAGGCUGAAUCAGCUGAAAGGACGAAAACCCAGGAGUGCAAGGAGACAGUGAAAAAAAAGCGGGAGAAGAUCUUGAGCGAGUUUGGGAAGAUGCAUGGGCUGCUGGCUGACGAGGAGAUGGCGCUGCUGCGGAAGCUGGAGGAUGAGGAGAAGGGAAUUCUCACACUGAUCAAUGAAAACCUGGCCAGGCUGGGGGAGCAGAAGUCCUUGCUGGAGGACCUGAUCGUGGAGAUAAAGGAAAAGACCCAGCUUUCAGCUGAGGGAAUGCUCAAGAACAUGAAGAGUAUCCUGAUCAGGUGCGAGGAGCUGAAAUUCCAGCCCCCCAAGGCUGUGUCUGUGACCCUGAAGGAAAACUACACCAUCCCAGAGCACUGCCUGGGCAUGAGGGACAUGCUGAAGAAAUUCAAAGUGGAUGUGACUCUGGACCCCGAGACGGCGUACCCUGAGCUCAGCCUGUCGGAGGACUGCAAGAGCGUGCGGCGUAGCGGCAAGAAGGUGAUCUUCUCCCUCUUCGAGAACCCCAAGAGGUUCAUCACCACGCCGGUGGUGCUGGGCAACCAGUUCUUCCUCGCGGGCCGCAGCUACUGGGAGGUGCAGGUGGGGGACAAGCCCGAGUGGGGCCUGGGGCUGUGCCAGGAGUCUGCCAACCGGAGAAGCGUCAUCUUCUCCCCGAAAAACGGCUACUGGGUGCUGCGGCUGCAGAACGGGGGCAGCUACGAGGCCCUCACCUACCCGGUGUCCCCCCUGGCGCUGAGCGUGAGGCCGCGGCGAGUGGGCAUCUUCCUCGACUACGAGGCAGGAGAAAUCUCCUUCUACAACGUGAGCGACCGCUCCCACAUCUACACCUUCACCGACAAGUUCUCGGGCAGCCUCCGGCCUCUCUUCUACCUGGGCUCCUUGCUGGGGGGCAGGAACGCGGAGCCCCUGGUGAUCUCCUGGGUGAGGGACGCGCAGUACAGCGGCUGCGUCGUGCUGUGAGCCGGCAGCUGCGCUGGGGGCCGGCAGGCAGAGCUGGCUCCUGCCGGGAGCAGCGCCGGGGGAGGGCUGUGUGCCACGGCGAGCGCCGUGGGGUUCCACAGAGCCACAGCCCCUCGGCGUGGUGGGGCUGGAAGGGACCUCUGGAGAUCAUCGAGUCCAACCACCCUGCUGGGCUGGAGCCGCUUCCUGCGUCCUGCUGGCUGCUGGGGAGGUGCCGCCGUCCCUGGGUGCCAGACCCGCGCUGGGAGGGGUCAUGGCACAACCCCCGUGCCGCUGACCUCUGGUGCCCUGCCUCACAGUGCUGGAUUGAAUGCGAACUGGGCUGGAGGAGGGCAAUAAAGGGUUGAUUUGGGCA